GCACAGUGCCACUGACCACUGCGAGCUCUCCCUCCAGUUUCACACACCCUGAUCUGUUCGCAUCAGUCUCCCGGUCGCAAGCGCCUCCGAAACCCUAGACUCGCCUCGCGAGUUGCUUCGCUUCUCCUGCCCCCGAUGGAGCCGUCCCCGGCGGUCGCUGCGGAGCUCUGGUGCUCACCGCACCUCGCCGCGGGCGGCGGCCGCCCGUUGGAGGCGACCUCGGCCGUCACGGAGAAGAGCAGCGGCGGCCGCGGAGGAGGCGGCGCCGUCCGGAGGAGGCCGAGGGAGACCCCGGUGUCCGAGGAUGACUCGUCCCGGAUCGUCUCCACUUCCGGCGGUGGCGGCGGCCAGGAUUUGACUGAUCUAGAAGCAAAGCGUUCCAAAACAAAUAAGUCCAGUAAUAAUAAAGGCAGUCUAAGAACAGAGGUUGAAACUGACUCAAGAAGUGCUGGCAAGGCUGUUAGUAAAAACAUUCCAGCAGCAGAGCCACCAAAACAAGAUUAUAUCCAUGUCAGGGCAAGGAGGGGUCAAGCAACUGAUAGUCAUAGUCUUGCAGAGAGGGCACGUCGUGAGAAAAUAAGUGAACGAAUGAAAGUUCUCCAAGAUCUUGUGCCUGGAUGCAACAAGGUUAUUGGCAAAGCAUCAGUACUUGAUGAGAUAAUUAAUUACAUCCAGUCGUUGCAAUGUCAAGUUGAGUUCCUGUCCAUGAAACUAGAGGCAGUGAAUGCCCAGGCAAACCAGGGAGUUGAAGUAUUUCCAGCCAAAGAUUACGGUUCUCAGACAUACAACACAGCUCCUGGGCUGACAUUUGAUACGCAAACCAGUAGAGAAUACGCCCAGGGCACGUCGACCUCGGAAUGGCUUCACAUGCAGAUUGGCAGUGGCUAUGAAAGGGUUUCAUGAACGAGAUGAAUCCAGGCAGCCGCUAAAUAAAGUGAACCAUGAUCAAUCAUGGCCGUGCUUGUAGAUCAUUCUUUUUCAUUUUUUUUGAAACCAUCAUGUUCCAGACGCAUUUUUUAUUCAUGCUUGGAGCUGUAAUUCCAGCCGGAACAUGUAUUUUUGAUGAGGCGCUCAUUUGUUUCCCCAUCUGAAUCUCAAGACUGUUUCUG